ACUACACACACACACACCCGCGGCAGGAAAAGGAGUGGUAUGAAAAGCUCGGGGUAGCACCCCGGGAAAAACUCAGCGCGCCGUCCCGUUCCCCUUCUGGGAGCCGGGAGCAGCCCGUGAAGGGCGACGCGGCUGAACUUUUGCGCCAGUUUCCCGUCUCUUUUCUUCUCCUCCUCCUCCUCCUCCUCCUAUCCAAUGCGGACGUGUUGCUGCUGCGCUCCGCAUGGACUGCCCUGUUGUGGAUUCCCAAAGGCACUUUGCAGCUGCUUUGCCAACUUCAGGAGCGCUCUAGGAGCGUGAAAAGGAGAAGGCGCGCCCCCUCUUGAUAACAGCGGUGGGACCCGUCUCCAACGAAGGGAGAGGAGAAGAAGGCCAAGCCGGGUGGGGGUUAGACCAUUCUGUGCUGGAGGAAUCCCGAAUACUCCCUUUCCAUGGAGGAGGAGGAAGAAAAGCGGCGAGCUAAGCAAGAGGACCGGGAGAGCAACGUCCACAGAGUAGAUCCAUAUGGAUUUGAGAGGCCAGCAGACUUUGACUAUGCAACAUAUGAAGAUUUUUUUUCUAGGUACCUAGUGAUACUUACUAGGAGAGCAAUUAAGUGGUCCAAGCUUCUAAAGGGUAACAGUGGCAUACCAAAAAGUUUAAAAGUGAAACGCUAUAUCAGGAAAGGCAUUCCAAAUGAACACCGUGCACUGGUUUGGAUGGUGACAAGUGGCGCUCAAUCCCACAUGCAACAAAACCCUGGAUACUACCAGAAAUUACUUGAGGGAGACAAAAAUGACAAACUGAUGGAUACAAUUAAGACAGACAUGAAUAGGACAUUUCCAGAUAAUGUAAGGUUCCGCAAAACUGCUGAUCCCUGUUUACAGAAGACACUCUACAACGUAUUAGUGGCAUAUGGACACCAUAAUCAGUCUGUGGGAUACUGCCAGGGUAUGAAUUUCAUAGCAGGCUACCUGAUUCUUAUUACAAGGAAUGAAGAGGAGUCCUUCUGGUUGUUAGAUGCUCUCAUUGGUCGAAUAUUGCCUGAUUAUUAUAGUCCAGAAAUGAUGGGUCUGAAGACAGAUCAAGAAGUUCUUGGAGAGCUUGUGAAAAUGAAAGUUCCAGCCAUUGCAGAGUUGAUGGAGAAGCAUGGUGUCAUGUGGACUUUGGUGGUGUCCCGUUGGUUUAUAUGUUUGUUCAUUGACAUUCUUCCAGUAGAGACUGUACUUCGAAUUUGGGACUGCUUAUUCUACGAGGGAUCAAAAAUAAUAUUUCGCGUGGCCUUAACACUAAUUAAGCAACACCAAGCUUUCAUUUUGGAAUCCACUAACUUCCCAGAUAUCUGUGAAAAUUUUAAGCAAAUCACCGAAGGGCCGUUUGUAACAGAGUGUCACACUUUCAUGCAGAAAAUAUUUACAGAGCCUGGAAGUCUGAGGAUGGCUACAAUAGACAAACUGCGAGAAACAUGUAGAGCAAAUGUGAUUGGUCAGACAUAAAUGGACAAUAUUUAAAAUAGGCAAAAUACUGCAAAACUGGGUACAUUCCUUCUCUUAAUUGCACUGAUGCACAGUUUCUUCAGCUUCUAUUAGUGUUGACAUGACCAAUUAUCUCCACCCUUUCCUUGAACUGGGUAAUUUGUUUUUUUUUUGUAAAAGCAAAAACACCUUAAUUUCUGUGCGAAUAAAAUGUGUUAACUUUUUUGAACAAAUGCACGGCAUACUUUCAAAAUAUUUUGUAAUAUUUAAA